AUGGCCCAAUACACGAGCAACGCGAGUCCCGCCCAGUCGACUGCGACGGCAGCUUCAGCGCAGUCUUCGGCCCAGCAGCAGGCCGCCGCGGCCGCCGCGGGCAACUCGCAGAACUCGCAGCACAAGCGCGUCUACCAGGCGUGCAUUCCAUGUCGCCGCCGCAAGGUGCGAUGCGACCUCGGCAGCGUUGACAACCCCCACGAUCCGCCGUGCGUGCGCUGCCGUCGCGAGAGCAAGGACUGCUACUUCAGUGCCACCAGGCGCAAGCGAAAGACGGACGAGGAGGACAGCGACGCCGACGAGUAUGUCAUCCGCAAUGGCCGCAAGAAGCUCCACGCCGCCGACAGCCCUCCGUUUUCACGAUUCGAUAAGCGACAAUACAGCGACACGCCGCUGACGCCCGGAGGAUCGACUGGCCGGUCUCAACCGCUGCGACGGCCCGAUGGCUCCAAGGACAACGGCCGCCGGCGCGAUGGCGAGUUUGGCGAUGGCGAUUCCAACCAGACGCUGGAGAACCUCGAGGCUCAGACCGUCAUGAGGCAGGGCGUCUUUGGUCCUCACGAUGCUCUCGACCUCCUCUACAAGGCCGCGACGGAUAGCCCGGCUGCCGAUACACACAGGCGCCAGCCAAGCAUGGCCUCGGUUGCUGCAGGGCCGCCACAACAGGCUCAGGCUGCAGACGAGCGUAACAACCGUGCCAGGUCAAGAGGGCCGUCCAUGUCUGUCCGGCCAGAGCAGCCCGUUGAUCCUAAUCUGGAUCGACCAACUCUGAGCGCCCAGCCCGGCUAUGAAGAUGCCCUAAGAGCUUGGUCAAGGUUUCGUUUUGUACGUGCAGGAUGGUUCACUGCGCAGGAAGCCAUCGAGUACAUUGACUACUACUAUAAAUACCUUUCUCCACUUACACCGAUUUCUCCUCCGACCUUUAGCAACCCUUCAUCUCACUUGACACUCUUGACCGAAGAGCCUAUUCUCACAGUCACUUUGCUUACAAUCUCCUCAAGAUACUGCCAACUUCCUGGCGCCGGUGGCAUUUGUCGAUCUCACGCCGUGCCCGAGCAGCUAUGGACGUAUUUGCGCGGUAUGAUUGAGAGAUGUUUGUGGGGACAGGAAGCCUUUGGAGGUGGUUUCUGCGGCUCGGGAUCUGCAUCCACUUCAAUGCUCACCGAUGAGUCCCAAACAAGCAGCACGGCGCCUUGGCGGGGACUUCGCAAGGGCAGCUUGAGGACGCUGGGCACGAUUGAGUCGCUAUUGAUCCUGACCGAGUGGCACCCUCGUGCCCUGCACUUUCCCCCAAAUGAGGCUACCGAUGAGCUGGUCCUCCCCAUAGCCGAAGCUUCCCCGCUGAUGGCAUCUGAGGAUGAGCUGCACAGAACAGUCGGACCAGGCAUUGGCGGCAAGAGGAUCGAGAGCUGGCUUGAGCCGGCAUGGAGGAGCGAUCGCAUGUGCUGGAUGCUUCUUAGCACUGCCAUGGGACUGGCGUAUGAGCUCGGUGUCUUUGAUGACAUUGAUGAGCUUCUCAAGGAUGAUGCCAUCACCCGACCAGAGUAUAAAGAUGAGGUCUAUCGUCAACGUGCCAAUCGCAUCAAACGACUUCUGCUCAUCUACACAAGCCAGCUUGCCGGACGCCUGGGCUGGACCAGCAUGACGCCAGAGCACCUUAGAAAGGCUGACCCGGCCGUCGCUCGUCAGAGGCCCUUGACCACCGACAGCAGCAGCACGCCUGCGACGAAUCCGUCCUCUUUGGCAAACGGUUUCAACUACGUCCCUGAUCUCGAGCUCGAUGACCAAAUCAUCCAUUGCUGGGCAGGUAUCAGCAACGCCAUGCAUCUUGGCAACGAGAAGCUUUUCAAAACCCGCAAGCACACCACGGAAAUCAUUCAGUCGGGCAAGUAUGUUGACUUGCUCAGAGACUUUACGCCUCUUCUGAAGGACUGGUACCGAGAAUUUGAGUUGUUCCGCCUGCCGCAGUAUAUCAGGCAUAUUCUUACCAUUGAGUAUGAAUAUGUGCGGAUUUACAUCAACUCCCUGUCAUUACAGGCUGUAGUCGAGCGGUGUACUAGUAACGCGGGUAACACUAGCAACGGGGUACAGCCGAUGCAUCUUUCUCCUCAGACAAUGAUCAACUACGGAAAGCUGCCUCUCGGUCAGCUGGGAGGUUUCACUGUCCAUGACCAGGAGUAUGUGCGCGAGGUCGUGGAGGGAAGCCGGAAUCUGCUCCGAACGGUUGUUGAGGGUCUGCUUCCCGGUGGCUAUCUCAAGCACGCACCUGUACGAACAUACUUUCGCAUCAUCAGCGGUGCCAUGUUUUUGCUCAAGACUUUUGCCCUCGGUGCUCCUCGUUCCGACGUCAAGAUGAGCAUUGAUUUGAUGGAUGCUACCGUGGAGGCUUUGCGCAACUGUAUUGUUGACGACGUCCACUUGGGUAUUCGCUUCGCCGACUUGUUGGAGUCUUUGACGAGCCGUCUGCGGAACCGCUUCAUCCAAGCACCGAUGCCGCAGGCAUCUGCGAAAGCACAGAGUCCUGUUCCAGAGACGGGCAGCGCUGGUGGCGCACCGCCAGUGCAGAAUGGAGAGAAUGGAGAGAAUGCAAACUGGGUGGGCAGCCACGCGCAGAGGCUUAGAGAUGGCCUCAACGGACAGUACCGAGUACCAACUCCCACUGCUGAGGCGAACAACAUCUCUGCCACGCCUUUUGACAUCUCUGGUGGCAACUUCCCGUACCAUGGGGCGUCAUCAAUUGGCCCCUCUACCCCUGCGGCUGAAAACAACACAUCGGCUAACAUGGACGUCAACUUGUUUGACGAAUGGAACAAUGCUGGGAGCGAGAUGUGGUAUCUGCCUCCUGGCCCGGCCUUUUUCCAGAACAUGGAGAACAGCUCUGUUGCCAUGACUGCUGAGGGUGUCAACGUUGGCGGAUUGGAUCUCCUGGAGUAUAUGGCCAUGGACCCCGUGCAUUUCCCCGGCUUGGAUGGGGCUAACAGCGGAACGGCCAGCUAAGUAAAGCGGCGGUCUAAUGCUAACUACAAUGAGCGAUGAAUUUGGUUGACUUUUGGAGUGCAUGGAAUCUUAAAAAAGUUAUGGAUGUGGUACCGGAAUAUGGAGACAAGCCGUCUUGGGCAUUUUAUUACGUUUUACUAGUAUUGUUUAGUUGGGCUACCAUCGAAGACGAUGGACAUAGUUCAGAUUUCUAAUUUUAAAAAUCUUGAUGACGAUUUUGUCUUUGAGACGCG